AUGGGUUCAAGUUCAAGAUUUUCAUACCAAAGGUUGCAGCAAGAGCUGGGAUGGUUUGAUCAUGAAGAAGAUCAAUUCAUCAAUGACCAAAUUGGGAAGCUGAGAUUGAGCUCAAACUUCAGAUUGACGAGAAGGGUUCACGUGAGGAGGAGAUUGAAGGUGAGAAUCCCGAGUUUGAGGAGGUUCUUGAGGAGGAAAGCCAGGUUGGUGACGGUUGCGUGUAAGAAGAUUGUGAAGAGAUUGAAGGAAAGUCAGUCUCAUUUUGGUGAUCUUUUCGCUGGGAAUUAUCUCUUCUUGCAGGUUGCUCCUACCCCUUUGAAGAACAAACAAUUGAAGCCUCCGGGUAGUUCUGAUUUUUGCUUGAAGAAACCACAUGAUCAGUUCCCUUCCUCUUCUUUAUACUCUGCUUCAAAGAUGGCUUGA